UGACCAAUAGUUCAAUACUGUGGUGAUUAACUAUGUAUCGGAGACUGAGUGUUGAUCAUGUGAAAAAUUUCCACUCUCGAUAUCAGUUAAUAUGGAGCAGCUAGAGCGUGAAACCGUAAAGUUUUGGAAUUAUUAUGGCGAUAUUUUAAAUGACGCCUCUUUCACGAAUAUAACGGGUAUCUAUACAGUUUGCUUGCUAAUUGGGAAUCUAAUUCACCACCUCCCGAUUUCGGAAAUUUUAUCCGGUAUACCGUACAUAGUGAUAAGGCUAGAAGACAUUGGUCAAUCCAAUUCGACGCACAAUACUCUGCUAACCAGCAUUGAAUCUGGAUGUAACACUUUUAUCGUGCAGCAUUACGUGGUAUUGGACUUUUUGAACAUCUUUCUGGAGAUACAUGACCAAGCUAACUACAGAAACCCCAACAAAUAUGUGAUACUAUUGAUGGAAGACCGUGGUUCGGAGGGAUUACUGGACUCCAUGCGAAAGCAUCCUAGCAUAUGGGAAAUCAUGAAUCUACUAAUUUUACUGCCAUCUGAUGAACGACCGUUGGUUGAACUACUAAGCCAUCGCUUUGUUGACACCAAAAAAGGUUUUGAAUGGAAUUUGGUGGAUCGUUACCACACUCAAAGGCGUUCGUUUGAAUUUGAGUCUGAGCUAUUUCCUGAUAAAACGCUCAAUUUGCGGGGAAGGCCGAUACGCUUGGCAACUUUCAAUAUUAAUCCCCAUAUUUUCCUAUCUAGCGAUGACGCUAGGAAUACGGAAAUUCGACUGGGGAAUCAAUCCUACUCAAUGGAUGGACUGCAUGGUAUUCUACUGGUGGAUUUUUGCCGAAGACGCAAUUGUACGGUUGAUCUAGUUGUCGAUUCAAAAAACAUGUGGGGUGUAAUCCAUCCGAAUCGGACGGGAAACGGAAUUAUUGGAAACUUGGUCGAACGUCGUGCAGAUAUCGGACUAGGAGCUAUUAGUAGUUGGUACCACUGCUACUCGUUUCUGACCUUCUCAUCCCCUGUUCAACGAGGUGGUGUAACCUGUCUCACUCCAAAACCAAAUCUUCUCCCACGAUGGAAAAUCGUCGCAAUGGUGUUUUUGACAUCGGUCUAUCUGAUCAUUUUUGGGACAUUCAUGUGCAGUGUAAUCAUUUAUACCAUUAUUUUCCAGUGUUCUAGGAAAAAACCUUUGGAGAAUAGCGUCGUAUGGAAUGCGUUCAACGUAUUCGCCGUAUUUCUUCUCCAAUCUACCAACAACAUCCGUAACCGUUCAGUUUCCGAAACCGUUCUAUCCGUGGCAUUACUCUUAUUUAGCUUAAACAUAGCUGCCAUUUACUCUGGGAAAUAUGCGAGUCUACGAACUAUUCCUUUGUAUGAAAAGGAAGUUAAUUCAUUGGAAGAUUUGGCUGAAAGCGGUAUACCGUGGUUACAAGCCCAUGAAGCGUGGACUUACUCAUUGCUGUUAUCGAAAAAUCCAGCGGUGAUGAAGUUGGUUUCCCACUUUAAAGUCUACCCAGCUCCCAAGUUGCACCAGAUAGCGGAUCAGGGAGGUUCGGCGUUCGCAAUGGGACGGCUUCACAACGGGCACCUGAUGCUAGGCGAUUGGAUCAAUUCGGGUAAUAUUCACAACUAUCAGCUCAUGAGAGGCGAUCUGUACUACGAACACGAAGUGGCGAUGGCAACCAAAACGUGGCCACUGAUCGAGAAGUUUAAUGAAUUGCUGCACCUGACCGCUAGUGGAUUGCUGUUGCGUGUUCAAGAGCUCCGGAUAAUGUAUCAGCAUAAUGACUAUUACGUGCAAACGGGUGCUUUGAGUUCACAUGAACGUGAACCUUAUCAACCGAAGGCCCUGGCAGUGGAGGACGUUUUUGGGGGAUUGAUUGUUCUAGGCUGUGGGUCACUUUGUGCUGGAGUGACGUUCGUGAUAGAAGUUUGGUUAUAUAAUUCUCAAAAACAAGUGUCAACUACAAAUUAAAAUCUUCAUUAGACCGUUUAUGGCAGAAUACAAGUCGGGGUUUACUAAAUUUAUGAUCAUCAUAAAGAAUUUCAGAAUAAAUAAAUAAAGAUCAUAAUAUCAAAUAAAG